AGUUUUUUGUUGUGAUCUAGAAAAAUCUGAUAAAAGCCGAGCUUCUAUUUUCUAUAUUUUUAAAUAGCUCUUUACCGCAAUUAUAAUUAAGUGUCCAGAAAAAUGUCAGGCAAAACGGAUACUACGCCACCUGAGGCAGGAAAACCAAAAAUUAAGCAUGACUGGUACCAAACAGAGUCACAUGUAGUCAUCACAAUUUUGAUUAAAAAUGCCCCUAACGAUAAAGUCAAAGUUCAUUAUGGAGACCGUAGUCUCUCUGUUACCAGUGCAUUACCACAAUCUGACUCCGAAUACAGUUUAGAGUUGGAAUUGGCACAUGAGAUUGUUCCAUCUAUGUGCACUUAUGUGGUAACACCGUCCAAAAUAGAAGUGAAACUACGAAAGAAGGAGGGAUUGAGAUGGAAUGUGUUAGAAGGAGAGGGGAAAGAGGAGGUAGUGAAGGCGAUACCUCAAGCUGUCAUUGAUGCGUCUGGUCCACAACAGCCACCUAAACUAUUCAAAAAAGACUGGGAUAAAAUAGAAAAAGACAUUAAAAAAAUGGAAGAAGAAGAGAAGCCAGAAGGAGAGGCAGCACUAAACGCUCUCUUCCAAAAAAUAUAUGGAGAGGGUUCCGAUGAAGUCAGACGAGCUAUGAACAAAAGUUUUGUCGAAUCAGGGGGUACAGUACUAAGCACCAACUGGAACCAAGUGGCCAAAGAAAAGGUAGAAGUCAAACCACCCGAUGGGCUGGAAUUCAAAAAAUGGGAGUAAAAAGAAGAAUUUAAUAAUCUCGUCACUUUCAUAUCCAUAAUCAUCAACGUUUUGAAGAGAGAUGGAAGAUUGUGAUAGUGCAAUGAAGUUUUAUUUCAGUUCUAGAUAAAUAUAAUUUAUUGAUACUUCUUCUUUAUACUCAAAAAUGUGUUAUGUUCAUAGGAUCACUAGUAUGCCAACUAGUCAAGCAAUAUCUAUAACUAUACUAUUACUUACUUAAUCAUCUAAUAAAUGACAAGGUGUCUUUUUUUUAAAGGAUAAAAUUAAACAAAAUUUUACUUAGAUUGAAAAAUAUUUUAAGCGAUAUUAUUGAUGUGAGCUUUCUUUUUGAAAGCUUCCAAUAACAUUGAAAUGUCUAUUUUGUUAUACCGACAGGUUAUAAGGCAAAGCUCAAAUUUAAGUUUCGCAGCUUAGAUUAAGUCGUCGUUUUCAUUGGAUAAAAUAAAAACUAGAAGAGUAAACGAUGCGAUGACAUCGUACGACAAGAUCAAAAAUACAAUCGUGCGAUGGGUUGGUGCGAUCGCGUAAUGUAAGUCUUGAGACCUGGAAACUAGACCUUCAUCUGCCCUUCAGUUCAGUCCUUCUGCAAAAAGAAGAUCACUAUACCCUAUUUGUCUCUACUCACGCAUGGGUAGUUGUUUUCUUGGAGAGCAUAAGAGAAAGAUUCGACUGUUUCUUGUAAAUGUCUGUUACCACGAAAUUCUUUAUAUUUCUAGCUAGGGCAAACUUUGUUUACUGUAAUGCCUCUACGCAUUUAUUAAGAAACGUAAACUAUCGCAUCGUUUACUUGCACAAUCUGCAAUCAUAAGCCAGUUAAGAUCAGAGCGCAUCCGGCCUUCAAGUCAGAUAGGACUGACAAAGCGAGGUCCAGUCAGUUUGUCUUUGGUCAAGUAAAAUUUGCGUUACUAAUUUUAUAAUCAUAUAAAAUCCCCAUGUAUUUGAAUAAAAUCAUUCAUUUACAUUACCCCGUCGUGUCAAACCCAUUCGUUGGAACGAAUUAUAUACAGUCAUUUUAAUAAAAUCAACUUGCCAAAGUAUUACCUGUUAGCUUCCAGUGUUUAGUUUUUAUGACAUUGAGGUAUAUCGUAAUCUGUAGCAUUUCUAACGUCUAUAAUUUAACUACAGUCUUAGUAAAUAAUGAUAUUUCGUCGUACGACGAGAUAAACACACAAAACACCUUAGUUUAAGUUAUGUCGCAACGCACGAUUAUCUUUCAUCUUACAAUUAAUCGCAUAGUUUGAUCGUACGAUUGUUAACCGAUUAGGAGCCCACUAUUUGUGUUACGUAUCUAACAGUUGUAUUACGAAUGUGUGAAUAAUGAGACUGUAAGUUUAUAUGUUAUUAAUAAAAACAAUGUUUAUAUU